AACAUCCACCUGUAUCGAUGGCUGCAGGUGAAACACAGGUGGGGCGUUUGGGGGUUGGGGGGUAGUUGGCUAAAUUGUGAGGGGGUAUCGAUGUGUGACGUGACAUGUGGGCGGGGCCCCGGGGUGUAGGCGCGUGGCAGAGUGGAGUUAGUUUAUUAGGUAGACGAAGGCUCCCUGAGCAUCAGAGCAGCCUGAGGACCAAACUCCCUUCAGUUUUCUCUCCAUUUUCGAGCAAAUCACGGUUUUUUUUACUAACGCCGUGGAAACUACAGGAAACCAACUCUCACACAGGAGUCAACGCAUCCCUGGCAGCAAAUCGGGAUAAAUUAAUUAUAUCCAUCGACUUGACACCUGGCACCAGGAGAUCUGUCUUAGAGUACAAGCUUAAAGCCAUGACCUUUGACCCCCAGAUGAUAAGAACGAUGCUGGUGACCUUCGUGAUCCUGACCCUCAGCGUCUGCUCCGAGGCCCGUGUCAGACUCAACUCCAUCAGGACAGUGAUUCUGAGAGAAGGUCACUCUCUGCCUGUGAACCGCAGCAGCUGGGAGCCCAGUCUGACGUUGUAUCAGUGCAUGAGUGACCUGGAGUGCAGCGAGGGCAGCUACUGCCACGCCCCCUCCAAAGGCCCCGCCCAUUCCAGGUGCCAGAGCUGCCGCAGAAGGAAGAGACGUUGCCAUAGAGAUGGCAUGUGUUGCCCUGGCAACCGCUGCAGCAACAAUGUUUGUAUCCCAGACGGAGGCAGGUUUGUCUCUCAGAAGAUUCCAGACUCUGAUGGAGACCAGAGCCUGAAACAGAGAGGAUGGAAGAAGAAAGGGAGACUGGAGGUCAGAGGGGUCAGCAGUAAAGGUCAGGUAGGCGAGCCCUGUCUCCGCUCCUCAGACUGUCUGGACGGCCUCUGCUGUGCUCGCCACUUCUGGACUCGGAUCUGUAAGCCUGUGUUGCAGGAGGGACAGGUUUGUACGCGACACCGCAGGAAGGGGAACCACGGUCUGGAACUAUUUCAGCGGUGUCCCUGUGGGGACGGACUGAGCUGCAGGACACUCCGGGAUCCCAGAACUGCUUCAUCGUCAAAAAUGGCUGUGUCAUUGUCUUCGUCCUCCUCCUCCUCCUCCUCACUGCUGAUGGCUGCCGCAAAGUCCAAGUUUACCUCCUCGUCUCCUUCAUCGUCUCACCUUUUGUCUCCUCUGAGUACUUCAGCCAAGUCUUCAGCAGUGGCGUCAAAAACCAGACUCCACGUGUGCCAGAAAAACUGAACUUGGACAAAGACAGGAAAUAAAAGACAGAGGAGAUUGAACGAUGUCCAGUCAUCUGGUUCUCGCGUCUUUUGCAUCUUUUGGUCUGUCCUCUCAAUCACAAACCUAAGUCCCUGUGUCCCUGUGUCCCCGUGUCCCGUCCACAUCAAGAGAAAAUACAGUUUGGUCCUCAUCUCCUGCUCCCAUGUCUCUACUGAGUCCACUGCUGUCCUGAGAAUCCAAGGACUUUAGAGAAGCUAGUCCACGUGGAGACAGAGGACAUUGUCCACUCCGUUUCAUGGAGGUUUCUCCACUUCAGUUAGCAAAACUAAACAUCUAAGACACUGAGACAAUCCAAACUCCGAGGUUGGUCCACCCUGUCUCCUCCUCGUCCACACUACAACAUCUUCCAUCAUUCAUUUUACUGAGACACCUCUUCACUACAGAGUCUUCAUCCAAACUAAGACUUCUGUCCAGAGGGAGACAUCUUACGGCUGGUUCACGUGUGGACACCGGAGACUUAAAGACAACUGAAACAGCUGAGUCUGAUGUCCCUUAGAGCUCUGGGACAUGUCCUGUCAGUGCACUCUUCCUACUCUCAGAGAAAGAGAGAAUGUAAAGUUGUUGUAAAUAUUGUUUAUAAAUAUUUGGAAACGUUGCAUUUGUGUGUAAAAAAAUCAAUCAUCAAUCUGUGGUUUUCAAUAAAAUCAUUAGUGGAUUUAAACAACGGCCAUUUUGUUUGUUUUUUUGACACAAACACUGAACUCACCGUCAUAACACAGUGGAACC